AAAAAUUAUCACGUGUAGUUGGAGGGGCUGAUGGCCAUCUAGUUAUGCUCUCUCUCUCUCUCGCGAAGCAAAUGAAGCGAAAAGCCCUGGCAUGGUAUUUGCAAGGGAGUUUGGAUUCCAUAGAUUUCCCGUAUGACUGAAUCAAAGUCAACCACGUCUUGCGUCGUCGAUUCGCAGGUGACUGGCCGGCACAUUCUUGCUUGAUGAUUUGCUCUCAUUAGAUUGCCUUAGAGUACGAUAGUAGUUUGACAUAGGUCCGAAACCCCCCACACACAAACCCUACGACGAAGCUAGCACACGAACAAGACAAAGCUUGAGAAUGUUGAAAUCGUCUGAAAUCCAUCACACAUCUUGAAAUCUAGAAAUGAGCCGAUCACAGGAGUCUCCGUCCCUUAAGCGGAAACGACCAGAACCAAAUACACACGCUCAGACACCUGAGAGUGUACUAUUAAAUCUGAUAAAAAGCAAAGGAGAUAUGGGAAUCUGGAAAGGAGACAUGAAACGAGAGACAAGUCUCCCAGAACCCGUGGUUAACAAAGCCAUCAAGACACUCCAAGGCAAGGCACUUAUAAAAGAGGUUGUUAACAUAAAAAGCAAGGGGAGGAAACAUUUUAUGGCAGCGGAGUUUGAACCAUCAAAGGAACUCACCGGUGGUGCAUGGUAUGUGGAGGGCAAACUCGAUCAAGAAUUCAUUGCUGUUCUUAAAGACUCAUGCUCAAAAAUCAUACGGAAGCUGAAGGUAGUUACGGCAGAGGGAAUUUCUGAUUUUAUCAAGAGGAAUAAAAUCACCACGAUUGAGUGCAAAACCCACCAAAUUGAAGAGAUAUUGAAGUCUAUGGUUUUAGACAACGAGAUUUUUGAGGUGAAGAGCACUGGACUAGGAGAAUAUCAUUCCAUUCCAAUUGGCACUGCUUGUUAUAGAUCUUCAACUGGAAUGGGCCUCGGACAGGGACCAAAAAUUGGGGCCAUGGCUUCAAUUCCAUGCGGGGUUUGUCCUCGGAUAAGUCAGUGCACACCUGAUGGCAUUAUCUCUCCGAAGACCUGUGAAUACUAUAAGAAAUGGUUGAAUUUUUGAAUUUUAAAAUGAUUUUAUUUGGAUGAUGUGAAUGGAUUCAAAUUUCUGGUACUCUGAGAAGUUUAUACUUUCCUAAUAUAGUUUAUGGAUAUUGUUUUGUUGUUCUGCGUACCA